AUGUUUACUAAUAAAUUAUUUCAACCAUUAUUAAUUCAAAUUCGUUUAACAUCAACAAAAUCUGGUCCUAUAUGUACAUUAAUUAAAGAAACAAUUGAAAAAUCUUAUUUAAAACCAUAUCAUGUUGAAAUUAUUAAUGAAAGUUAUAAACAUAAUGGUUUUAAACCAGGAAAAGAAACUCAUUUACAAUUAACUGUUAUAACACAUGCAUUUGAAUCUAUGUCAAUGAUUGAAAGACAUCGACGUUUAAAUGAUUUAGUUAAAGAUAUUGUUAAAGAACAUAAAAUUCAUGCAUUAAGUUUAUAUACACCUAAUCCAACAUUAUGGUAUGAUAGUUUUCGUCGUGGACUUAAAUUAGAAGAAAAAUAUCGUACACCACCAUGUCUUGGUGGUCAAAUAAAAGAAUUAAGUGAACAAACUGAUCAACUUAUAAAACAAAAAAUUAAUACAAAUGAAAACUAA